ACAGUCCAUCCGGUUGUCGAGUGGGGGGACUGAUCUGACUUGGGGAAAGCUUUUGAAAUAUUGGGAUAAACAAAUUCUAAAUGCAUGAAUUUGUCUUGCUCGGUAUUUUGUCCACCUGCCAGCCUCGCGUGAAUGACGCCAGAAACGCAUCUAGAUCGAUAGAAGAGCCCCAGUAGAGUGUAAGCUGCCUGGUCCCUCCCCACAGGACCCCUCCUGGACCCCCAGCCAUGAACAAGCAGGCCAGUAAAGAGAGUCUGAAGGACAAGGUAAAGGGGAUGUUGGGUUUGGGAUCCCCUCGACCCCCCAGCAAGCAGACAGAGAGCAAGCCCUCAGAGUUCAUCAUCACACUGGAUAUACUCAAGGAGCUGCACCCUGACUGUGGACUUAGCAACAGAAUCCGGGUUGCUAACCAUGUCUCUGACCUGGCCAAGGCCAAGAAGUUUGAGGAGGUGAGAGA